GUCAGGGGAACUCAAUAGGAGACGAAAGCUUUCACCUCCGGGCCAACACGACUCAUCACUUUCUAAAAUUCUCUCGAUUCUCAAGCAAUGGCGAGACCCAACCAGGAAGCAAUCGAUACAUUCAUCAGCAUCACCGGCGCCACCGAAUCCGUCGCCGUUCAGAAACUCGAGGAGCAUGCAGGUGAUCUCAAUGCAGCUGUCAAUGCCCAUUUCAGUGAAGGAGACAGAAGCAGCUUCAAUGCGCCAUCUGUCCCUGCUCGCGAAGAUGACAUGAUGGAUAUAGAUGAUGAUCCAAUUGAAACUGCACCGGCCAGGAGACAUCCCUUGUCUCUUCUCUCGGAUCCAGGUCUUACAAACCCAUUCUCACUCCUCGAUCCACAAUUUCCGAGAAGCUUGUUUGGUGGUGUUUCGGAUGUUGGGAACCGUGCCCCAUUUGUUACACAACCAAGACAAGUGAGAGAGAUACCAAUAGAGGUCAAGGACAACCCUGAUACUUCUGGUCGGUCAGGUCAUGACCCUGUUAUCGAGGAUGUAACUGGAACUGAUUUGGCAGAUGAAACUGGUGUCCAUGGGACUGUAAUUGUUGAUGUUGAAGAUGAUGAUGUUAUUCUUCCUGGACCCAAUGCAAAUGCUGCUGCUAACCGAGACAGGCAAUAUGUAGAUGUUUUAGGUGUCAGUUCUCAUGAGGGAGCCAGGCCUGGAACACCAGUACUUAAUAAUUCACUGGAAUAUAGCAAUGACAUAGAAGAAGAGAUGGUUAGGGCUGCCAUUGAAGCUUCAAAACGUGAGGCUGGGGGAUUAGGUGAUCCUGGACCUUGGCAAAGCCAAUAUCAUUCUGGCGGUGAUGAAUUAGAACAUGCAGUUUCAUUAUCCAUGAAGGUUUUUGUUGUUCUUUUCACAUCUGAGUUUAUAUUUAAUAUACAUGCUUUGUCCAUGUCUAACCUGAGAUUUUUUCAGGCUGCAGAGCAGGAAAAUGCAUUGCGUGAGGGGAAGGGCAAGGUUGGAGUGUCAGAAGUAGGAACCUCUGAGCCUGAGACUGCAAUAGGGGCUUCGAAUGGGAGGUUAGAGACGGGCGGAUCAUCUUUCCAAGAUGAAGUUGAAGAAGAUGUGGAGGAGCAACCUCUCAUCCGGCAUAGGUCAAGACAUACAUCUUCUAGCUCUCUGGAGUCUGCCAAAGAUGGGGUUACUGAGGCUGACCAACCAUUAAGUGCCAUAGAGAGUAACAAUGCAAGCAGUGAAACAGGGAUUAAUGGAAAUGCUUUUCCUGCCGAGUGGGGCGGCAUUUCUUCUGAGGAACAUGAUGAAGCAGUGAUGCUUGAGGCAGCAAUGUUCGGUGGAAUUCCUGAAGCAUCUGGAUAUCAAUACCCUUAUGCACCUCAUCAGUUCAUGCAAAGAGAAGGCGGCCCUUACCAUAGGCCAGCACCACGUCCUCCAUCACCUUCUCUACAAGCUCAACGUUCGAUCCGUGAGCAACAGGAUGAUGAGUAUCUUGCAUCAUUGGCUGCUGAUCGAGAGAAAGCUGAAGCACGUCGUUUGGAAGAGGAAGCAGCUAGGGCAGCUGCGCUUGAACAAGAGAAACUGAAAGAGGAAGACAAUCGUAAGAAGUUGGAGGAAGCACAGGAAAUCGAGAGACAAUUGGCUGCUAAGGAAGCUUCGCUACCGCAGGAGCCAACUCCUGAUGAAGAAAAUGCUGUUACGCUCUUGGUGCGUACCCCUGAUGGUGCCCGCCAUGGACGUCGGUUUCUCAAGUCAGACCGCUUGCAGUCCCUUUUUGACUUCAUUGAUGUCACUAGAGUGGUGAAGCCCGGCACGUACAGAUUGGUGAGGCCGUACCCUAGGCGAGCCUUCAGUGAUGGAGAGACGGCCUUAACCUUGAGUGAACUUGGCCUGACCAGCAAACAAGAAGCCUUAUUUCUGGAGUUGAUCUAGAAUAUGUAUAAUGUCAAACUUGUAGAGGGGAGUCUUUCCUUUUUCAGUUUAACUUAUUAGUUAUUAUUGAAACAUUAGAAGUUCAUACAUGAAAUUGGCGGGGGAGGGAAAACGUGGGGAUUGUAUUAUGCUGUUGGGUUUGCUUGCACAUAGCAGAAACAUUCAGUUCAGUGUGCAUGGCGACGAGCUAGAAUCAUGUGGUGUGGUGGUGUUGGUUGAUCAUGUACAGACAUAAUAGUAUUUUUCCCAGAUAUUGAAUGUGGAUUUGGAGGGCAUAUGGUGGGCAUAGCUCUUCUUUGUGGAAGCAUGAGCUAGCAUCAGCCUGGCA